UGAGUAUUUCCAUGUUGGAAUAAUGGUUGCGGUCUCCAUUGUACAUGGUGGUCCAGGGCCUCAAUGCUUUUCCCCAAGCUUCUACCAGUACCUGGUUGGUAAAGUGAAGACCAUUGAGGCCCCAAUUAAGGAUAUACCUGAUACUGAAGUCAGGAAUGUUCUCCUUGAUAUUAAGAAUGCUAGAACAUUGGAGGAACUCGUGGAACUCACAGAUAAGCACUCCAGCAUGCUUCAGACAGCAGGAUGCUAUCGAUGCCUGAGGACACUGGGGGAUAAGGAAAAAGUUGUGGAUGGUUACAUCCAGUGGUACUUCACCUACCGCAACCAUGUUUCCUUCCAGAGGUUCAAGGAUGGCCUGGCUACCCUCAACUUUUUCAACGCUCUGGAACAGCAUCCCUCCAUUUUCCUGCCCUACAUGUGUUACAGAGCAGAAGACCUGACAGCCGAGAGUGUAGAGUCACUGUUCCGUCCACAAUUGAGCCCAACUGGUAGCUCAAAUCGCCAUGAGGAGGAGAGAGUGCUUGGCUACUGGCUGGACUACUUAAUCGCUGUAAAAGAGGACGGGUCAGGGAUGUCUCUGGAGGACAUUCUAAUGUUUGCAACAGGCCUGAAAGAAAUCCCAGCAGCAAAAUUAAUACCACAGCCUCAACUCACAUUCCAGAAACACUCAAGGUUUCCUGAGGCUAAUGUCUGCGCUAACACAAUAAAACUCCCGAUCUUACCCUCAUAUGAAAUCUUUGAGGAAGCCAUGAAUUAUGGAAUCAAGAACGCCCCUGGAUUUGGGCUCCAUUGAGGUGUCAAUCAGAAAUUAACAUUUGUGGCAA